UGGGUCUUUCAUUUGUUAACGCCAGCGCGAACGUUUGCUUUGCACGUUCACGAAGUGUCUUUGGUCACUGUUCUUACAUCUGUGUUUGGUUUUGUGUAUUGCGCUUGCACUAACAGUUGUAUCCUUAUGAUCGAAUGUAUGCAAGAUUAUGAGCUAAAGCGAGGCUCUCUAUUGUGAAAUGCAACUUAUUCCUCCUUGUAUCGUUUUCCCAAGGAAAAUCAGCUGUGAUGGAGCAGAGUGAAAAUGCUCAUUCUUAUGAGAGUCAAUCAUCUCAAAGCUCGGAAGAACUACAGGAUUUCUUCAGACCGCAUCUUAAUUCACAUGACUGCUCAAGGAGUGAUGCAAAUGCUUGGGUGAAUUUUAAAACGAUUACCACAUUUAAUUCAGGAAUUUCAUCUUCUACUGACAUCUGUGGGACAAGCUAUUCUGAAAACCAUGCAUCUCACUCACCAAAUCUCACCAAAGUUGAAGUUACUACUCAGGAUAAGAAAAUCCAAGAAUCAAAGUCAAGCUGUAGCAUGGAUAUUGAUGAGCAUUUUCAUUUUAAGCACUCUCAUUCAUCUCAAUUUGUUGAAAAGUCUAUCCAACAAAACAAUUCUUUGCUCUCGAGCAAAGAAGAAAUCUUGAAAUCCUGUAUAAAUAGAUCUAGGAGAAAAAGUCACAGAAAUAGUCUCUCGGAAGGCUCCAAUCCAUAUGGCGUAGAGUGUGAGAGUGGGAAACCACGGAAUGGAACUAUGAGUGAUGCUGGCAAUAAUUUAGCCAGUACCAGCCUAAGGUCAUGUGCUCCCGGCCCAGUGCAAAGUCUGACUAGAUUCUCUCCGACAAGCUUACUUGUAGAGUCCUUAAUUGAUCAACUGUGUAAACUCAUGGAAAAAGAUAGUGGAAAACAAAAGAAACUCUAUCAUGUGAUAUGUGAAAGACUUCAUCAGAUGCAGCUCAUUGAUGAUACUUACACAAUUGAGGAAUUUCAAUUCAUGCGCAGUCAUUAUCAGAAAGCUCUAUACCAGCUUUUGGCCGUUGCCAAGUCAUCUACACAGUCAUGUGACUCAAAGACCAUACUUCUUCCACUUCCAAGCUCCAACAUGAAUUUUGACAUUAAAGUUCAUUCUGAACAAUUACUGGAGUGGUCUCGUUAUCAACAUGAAUAUCAAGAGUUGGAAUACAUUGCUAAAGGUGGUUUUGGCCAUGUUUACAAGGUCAGGAAUAAAUUAGAUGGUGGUGAAUAUGCAAUCAAAAAAAUAUUUCUCAGAUAUCGCUAUGUUCAAGGGUUUCUCAGAAGCUUAAAAGAAGUGAAAAUGCUUGCUCGUCUUAAUCAUCCAAAUAUUGUUUCAUACAAAGCAGCAUGGCUUGAACCACUAGAUGAUGAGAAAUAUAAAGCUGAGAUUCAGAAACCCUCGCAAAGCAGUUUAUCUCAAGAAAUCUCAGUUUCUAUUGUGUCUGUCACAAAAAAGUCUAAGUUGCCUCUACCCCCUGCUCCCACUGAUAUGACAGAAGAUUCUCUUGAUAUUGUAUUUGAAGAUUCUUCAGUCAAAGCUGGCAACAACUCUAAACUUGAUACGCCAGAGAGUCAAGAAGAACCUAGCAUAGUGUUUAAGGAUUUCAAACUGAGUGAUGAAAGUGAAUCAAAAACUCGCCCACUUUCACACUCGCCUGGUGCAGCUGUCUCAUCGAGAAGCCGUAGUGGAACUGACUCUUCCCAAUGUAGCAACAGCGAUGAGACUGAUGAGGGAUCAAGUAGCUCAGAUGAUGCAUUUGUAUACACUUUGCCCUUAAAGGCAAAACGCAGUAGAAGAAAUAGUUCCACUUCAAUUUUGAAAAAUUGGGCCACACUGUAUGUUCAAAUGCAACUUUGUGAGCGCAAUUUAAGGCAGUGGCUAGAUCUGCGAAAUGUUUCCUUACCUGCUUAUCCAUUGGCACCAAACAAUAGUAAUGGAAUUUUAGCUCUUAGCCUUUUCAAAAAGAUAGUUCGCGGUGUGGAUUACAUUCACACGCAGGGCAUUGUCCAUCAUGAUAUCAAGCCCAGUAACAUAUUUGUGAAUGAAAACUUGAAAGAAGUUCAGGUUGGUGACUUUGGCUUGUCAUGCUGUAUUUUAAGUAGAGUUGAUAGCACUGGGGCUUUUGGGGAAAACCAUGGCGAAGUGGGAACUCGCAUGUAUGCAGCUCCUGAGCAGUUACGAGGAAAAUGUACUUCAAAGAGUGAUUUGUAUAGCUUGGGAAUUGUGUUACUUGAGCUUCUUCAACCGUUUCACACUGACAUGGAGAGGAUGAAAGUUAUUCAAGAGUUAAGAACUGGUCAUUUACCACCAGAACUAACCACAACAUGGCCCCAUGCAGCUAGACUUAUCAGUGAUUUAUUGGUGACAUCUCCCGCCUCAAGACCAACUGCAAAUGAACUGCUGCAGCGAGUAGAUGUUUUGAUCCGUUCCAAUACAGAGAGUGAUUUUGUGUCCCAAAUGGCCUCCAAAGAUGAAACCAUUCGCCUUCUAAAAGAAGCUGUUGCAUCAAGGGACCAAGAAAUAACAGAACUCCGACGCAGAUUGUCAAGUUUUGAAAAGGAUUAGGCAGUCCUGCAGUUCUUUCUUCUUUUAAUAUGCUCUUUUCCCAUGCUAAAAUCUUAAUUGGUUCACAGUCACAUCGAACUUAUUAAAAUGUAUUUUGGGUGGUUGUAGUAUUUAUUAUUGGAUUGGAAUUUUGAUUGGAAUUUUAUAAGACCUCUGAGGAUUCCUCUUGUCUUCUUAAUUUUCUGUCUAGUCAUAAUUUGUAUGACAGUAUUGAAUGCACAUUGUGCACCAUGUGGAUGUAGAACAUGCAGAGAAUCUUUCAUGAUGUUUUGCUCACACUUUUAAUGUCUUGGAAAUUGUUGGCUGUGAAAUUUUCUCCCUUUUAGUUUUUAUUUUGUUGCUUUAUGUUAAUAUCUUCAUAUCUCGCAAACAAUGUCAUGAAAAUUUCAUUAAGCAUUUGGAAAGUUUAAUUUUUUUUGUUUUGAAUGUAUCUAUUGACAAUCGAAAGUCACAUUCCUUCAUUUCCUUACAUUGCUUAAGGACUUGUGGUAAUUAGUUUAUUAUCUAACAUUUUCUUACGAUAUUUCAUUCAGGUUGUGUCUUGAAUUCAUGCCUUUGUUUUGUUUUUUAGUUAAUUUAUGUGUUUUAAAAUUUGUCUUUUCCUAUGUACUGCCUAAAAUAAUGAAGGAGAAAUGCAUUACACGUUCCUGAAAUCUGAAA